AUGGAUAAAAAAUCGGUUGGUCUAAUAUCCACACAAGGCAGAUCCUCUUGGAGGGUAUAUGUGGACGGGGCAGCAAACCAACGGGGGGCCGGAUUGGGGCUAGUUUUAAUAUCCCCUGAAGAGAUCAUCAUUGAGAAGUCCUUGAGAUUGGGAUUCUCGGCUACUAACAACGAAGCAGAGUAUGAAUUUUUGUUUAUGGGAAUGAGUAUGGUCCAGAAAAUGGGCGGAAAGAUAGCAGAAUUAUUCUCGGAUUCAAGAUUGGUAGUCGGUCAAGUGAAAGGAGAGCUGGAAGCCCGAGAUCCAAGAAUGCAGGGGUAUUUGAGCCAAGUUAGGCGUAUGCAAACGAAGUUUGAGUCUUUCAACUUGUCGCAUAUCUCCCGAGGUGAAAAUACUCACGCCGAUUCCUUGGCAACCCUUGCCACCUCCUCGGUACGGAAUUUUCCUCGGUUGAUCAUCGUUGAAGAUUUGCAUACCCCCACCUCACCAGAAAAUGACGUUUGCCAAGUUUAUCAAGCCAAUCUAGCGCCAAGCUGGAUGGAUCCCAUAUUGAAAUUCCUUGAAAGUGACAUCUUGCCCGAAGAGAAAAUAGAAGCUUAA